AUGACCCCUGAUCUCUUCAUCAUGAUGGCCCGUUCCUCAAGUGCAGCAACUAUGUGCAGGACCUUGCUUGGCACGUCCGUCGUUCUGUUUACACGCGGACCGGAUGUCUUUUUUUGCGGCGAUAAAAUUGCCCUCUCCAGUCGUGGAGGCACGACUCUGAUGGGAGUUGAGGCCGCUAGUUUGCAAGCGAGGACUCCUGAACAAGUUCAUGCAGAGGAAGAAAUAUCGCGUUUUUUUACGAACAGGCUUCCGCGCGAUAAACACCCACGACCGGCUCUACUUACGACACAACCGCAAGACUCAAAUAACGUACUUGAGCCGCAGCCACGGAGAGGGCAGCGCCUUGAUGUGCUUUCGCUUGCGGAUGAAGAGGAAGACGCAUCUGGUGUUGAAAGAACAUCCUUGCGGCCGCGCGGUCCGUGGGCAAGUGGAAGUGGCAGUUGUAGACGUUCUUCUCCCAGUACUGCUGGCCGGCGAAGGUCAAAGUCCCGUGCAGCGAGCAAGCAUUCUUCCGGCAGUGGCCCUAGCCCAAGGCCGCUGUCUCCUCCCCUCAGCUCGCGCCCGACGUCUGCCGGAGGGCCCUCGCCACCGCCACUCUCCCGGCCUGCUACCCCUGCCCUGAUGUCAUCAUCUUCAGACUCACCACCUACGCCUACGUACCCGGUCGGCGAUUUAGAGGCGUACUGCAAAGACCAAAUGUACGACGCUGCCGGUUUUGUGGAAGAUGUGGUGCGAAAAAUCGACCCCGUGAGGGAUAUGUGUCCCGCACCGCCCCCUCUAAGGACUACUUCGCCUUCCGUCUUCAAAGUGGAGAAGACCUUGCAAGAUGCCCCAGGAUACGCAAAAGUGUUUCUAGUGUGCAAAACAUCUCCGGCUCGACGUCCAGCGGCUCACAACCAUGAAGAGGGUGUGGGUGCUGGAGAUUCUACCGUGGCAAACGGCCAAGGAGAUGAUGAAAAAAUGGAGCGAGCGGUUAUCAAGCACGCGCCUGCAGAAGAAAUUGAAGCAGCGCAGCAGAUGCGUAGGGAAAUCGGUACGAUGACCGCUUUGGGCCUGGUCGGUGAACAAGAUGAUGCGACUACUUUCACCUCCUCCUCCUCUUACUCUACUGCGUCUGAUGCUGAUCCUUACAAGAAUUUCAAAGACCAUCUGGUCAAAAUGACCGGUUGUUUCUCCGGAACGCCCUGCACAUUCGCGCUUGAGUUCUGCGACAUGCGAGACCUCUACGAGAAGAUACUGGCUGACUGGAAAGCGAAAAGGCGUUUGACCGCUGCGGAUCGCAACAGGUAUCUUGCCGAAUUGCUCAAGGCCGUGCAUUUUAUGCAUACAAAAGGCGUCGCACACCGCGACAUUUCCCCGGACAACGUGCUUCUCACGUCAACAAACGUGGGAGAGUUGCCUGCUGGGUCGGCGACCGCGAAACUAUCAGAUUUCGGCAUGGCGUGCUCUAUUUACGAGAGAGUUGAUGUUGACGAUAUCAAGGACGAACAAGGCAAGGACCACGACCAGCGCAGUGGUGCUGAACAUCAAAGAUCAGAAAUGCUGCCCCUAAAGUCUUGCGGGAAAAAGAGUUCCGAAACGUCAUGGGAAAGGGCAGUUUCAUCGCGCCGGAAUGUUGGGCCUACGCGCAGUCGGAGCAAUUCAGAGAAGCCGCGUUCCGAGGUCUACAACCAAAAACAAUGUCGGGGUUCCGGGCGAAACCUCUGGACAUUUUUGCCACGGGUCUCGUUGCGGUGCUUAUGCGCGUGGUCGGGGCACCCUGGGGGCAUGACAAGUGCAUUCGAGGGGUCCGACCCGCCGAAUUUCUGUACCAAGACAGAGAGCGCAGAGAAAAAUACACAGAUGAGGACGGAAAUCCGCAAACGCGACGGGUUCCUGCGAGCGCAAAAACGCGGCGCGAGGAUUUCCAAGCACUUUUGCUGGAGUUGUGGGAGAAGGGGGUCUAUCCGAAAAAGGGAAGCGAGUACUUGCGCCCCUGUAGUUUGCAGGAAGAGACCGAGGAUAAGAUGCUAGUGAAAGAAAUUUCGCACAUGCUAUCAAAGAGACCCGCGGAACGAGCGACGGCGGAAGAAAUGUUAAACAUACACUGUGUGCAGAAAUCGGGUCCUAGCAGUAGCCGUAGUUGUACUGCUGUUGCUCAAAAAUGACCAAACAUAUUAUUUGUGGUAAUAGAAAUACAGGAGGCCGAGAAAACGUGACACGUACGUAAAAUGAGGAGAAGUUCUCCGACUGAACAACGCACGCUCGUCCUAAAGUAAAGAGAAAACUAGUGCUCCCCGUCGACCCCGCUCUACCUCUGUGCAGUUUUAGUUGGUAACCAUGAAGUAAAGAAAGUGCGUUUUGAAUCUGUAUUGAAUUUGAGUUUGCAUCAGUUUUUGUUUGUUGAAUUCAUGGCGUACGGCUAGCACAACUACUACGCAGUGUAGUUGGACUCUAUACGUCAAGUAGGACCUAUUUAGUAUAGUACACACAUUACAGUGGUGACCUGAAAUAUCAAAUAUAGAUAAUUAAAUUAAAAACCCAUCUGCAAGUAGUUGCAUCUUGCGAACAUCUGCAAUGGAAAAACAAGAAAAAUGUAGUCGUGCAUCUUGCGAACUACUGUGUACAAACAAUUUGGUGCGAAAGUACAACCUCGUUCGAAAGAAGAAAGUCGCCUGAUAGCAGCUCGGACAUAACCUGAAGAACAGGCCGCAAAGAAAAAACGAAACAAAACGAAGCAGUCUAUGGAAUACAUUCGGUUCGCGGAUGAUUCUUCAUUGGUUUGUACGUGCAGUUGGACCAGACGGUGAAAUGAAAUCGCAAAAAAGAAUCUGUGAUCUACUUGCUCGAGGAUGGGGACUAAAACGAAAAAAAUGUGUUUUACCUAGAGGGUGGGUCAAUCUGAAAAUGUCAACAAGAACAUCAGUUGAAGUUGUAUGAACGAGCGACGUUCUUCUUGGUCGUGUGUCAGUGAUGCCAUACUCGCUAAUAUCGUUCGCUUCUCCAUUUCCGUUGAAAAUGGCUGCUAGUGUUUCACAUUUUUCAAAAUUUUUAUGAAUAAGAAUAUGAG